AUAAAAAGUGACAUGAGGCAGCAUGGUGCAGAGUUGGGAUUAAAGACAUGGUGUUAAAUGUAACAAAAAGUGUUGGAAAUAGAUUAUAGCGGUCCUGAUUAUUGGACUUUUUGGAGCAUGUGUGGAACAAUGUCUGGCUUUUUUUCCCUGGAGCUCCUUGGAAAUGAUUACCUGCACACCUGGAAGUCCUUCAACAUAAAAGUGAUUCACACGCUGAAGUAUUUCAACACCGCGUCCUCUCAAGUGAAAAACUUCCCAGAGUUUGUGAGUGUCGGCUACGUUGAUGAUGUUGAGAUCGUUUACUAUGACAGCAACACCAAGAGGGCUGUAUCCAAACAAGACUGGAUGAACAAAAUCACAGAAGAGGAUGAAAAGUACUGGCAGACCCAGACACGGAUCUAUGUAUACAACCAGGUUGUAUUCAGAUUCAACGUUGCGAAGUUUAUGAAGCGUUUCAACCACACAGAAGGCGUUCACAUUUACCAGGAGAUGGUUGGCUGUGAAUGGAAUGAUGAAACUGAUGAGAUUAAAGGUUGGUUACAGUACGGUUAUGAUGGAGAAGACUUCAUAUCUUUGGACAUGGAGACAUGGACAUGGACCGCAGCAAAACCACAAGCUUUCCCCACCAAACUCAUGUGGGAACGUAACAGACAAAUCAUGGACAACGAUAGGUUCUACUUCACUGAGGUCUGUCCUUCUUACUUGAAGAAGCAUGUGAAGAAUGGGAGGGAUGCCCUAAUGAAAACAGAGCUCCCAAUGGUGUCUCUCCUCCAGAAGACGCCGUCCUCGCCGGUCACCUGUCACGCGACGGGUUUCUACCCCGACCGAGCGAUCAUGUUUUGGAGGAAAGGCGGCGAGGAGCUCCGCGAGGACGUGGAGCACGGAGAGAUUCUCCCCAACCACGACGGAACCUUCCAGAUGACGGUGGACCUGAAAGUGAAGGUGACGGCCAAAGUGGAGGGCGAGUACGAAUGCGUGUUUCGGCUGGCUGGCGUCGAGGAGGACUUGAUCACCAAGCUGGAGAGAAAAAACAUCCUGAGCAACACAAAAGAUGAAGGCAACCUAAUGGUCCUCCCCGUGGUGGUCCUUCUGGUGGCCAUCUUUAUCGUCAAGUGUCUCAGAAACAAACUUUGUCAACUUUUUUUAGUCAUCUAUUUGUUUUUUAGCAGCAGACAAAAAACAAAACAAACCUUUUAUUAGUCUUUGUUUUGUUUGUUCGCUACUUGGGAAGUAAAUUCCUCACAGUUCACCUCGCGUCCUUCUGUCACAGCAAAACACGUUUUUUUUUUUUUUUUUUCCCCACAAGGUGAGCUGGAUGCCACUUUGAUAUUUGCCAACAAAAAAGGAGGAAAAUGGCCGAAAGAAAUUGACUUCUAUGCUGACCUUAUGUCAUAAGUUGUAAAUCGCAAGCAUCAGAAUCAGAAAUACAUUAAUAAUCCCAAAGGGGAAAUGAAGAUUUUCAGCACAAUCCCAUUCAAGAGCAGACAAACAUUACAGGGAGACAGAACAGGAUCGCCUUCGGGUCUGCUAACUUCCGGCGCCCCUUACAAAAAAGGUGAGAAACAGGUAAACACUGGGGAGGGGGGGCGAGAAAAAAAAUAUUCAGUCUAAGCCUGGGCCCCUGGAGAGGUGGUCCAGACUGAGGCCAAGGGAAAAAAAACUCAUAGUCAUAGCACAUGUAAACAUGUGUAAGAGGGAAACAAGGACAUUAAAGACAUUAAAAGAGCAAUCAGCCACUUCUACACACAACCACAAAAGUAAAACAACAACACCAAAAAAACAUACACACUGUGGUCGCCUCUAUGGUGUUCCACGCCAUCGUCUGCAGGAGACAGGAACAGACCCCACAAAGCAACCGAGAGAGCCGACUCCACCCUUGGCCGCCCACCAACUCUCCGCCAGUGUCCGGUCUGCAUGGAUGAGCGAGGAUACGUCUAAGGCAGGGGUCGACAACCUUUACCAGUCAAAGAGCCAUUCUGACCAGUUUCACAAAUUAAAGAAAACAAUGGGAGCCACAAAAAUCCUUUGAAAUUUAAAAUGAAAUAACACUGCAUACUAUGUUUUUUUUGCUUUGUGCUAUGUAUAAACCAAAGGUCUCAGACACGCGGCCCACACCUUAAUUUGAAAAUUGAAUGUUAGUGCGGCCCGUGGGUUUUAUAUGAAUGGCGCAUGACAGCAUCAUACUUGUCAACCCUCCCGAUUUUUCCGGCAGACUGC